AUGGUAAAUCAAGUAUACAAUGACAAGGAUACUUUGAAGGCUGUGAUGAAGAAAUAUGCAAUUGACAAUACGUUUCAGUUCCGUACAGAGAGAUCAAAUUCUAUAAGCUACACCAUUGUGUGUCUAUCAGAACAAUGUGAGUGGAAAAUGAAAGCUUCGAGCAUUAACAAAUCCGCAAUGUUCAAAGUUAGAGAGUUUGUGGACAAACAUACAUGUCCAUUGAAGGAUAAGGUGUAUUCUUGUACUCAAGCAAGUAGUGUUUUUAUAGCAGGCAUUAUUAAACCAAAGUUAACAAAUCAUAAGAGGAAGUAUACACCAAAGGAUGUAGUAGAUGAUGUGAAAAAUGAAAUUGGUGUGGAUGCGGAUUACACGAAGGCUUAUCGUGCUAAAGAAAAGGCUAUGACGGAGUUGAGGGGAGAGGCAGCAGAUUCUUACAAGAAGUUACUUGGAUACGUAUACAUUUUGGAUGAAAGGUAUCUAGAUUCUCAUAUAAGAAUGCAAAAAUCGCCUGAAAAUGAGUUCUUGUAUCUGUUUGUAGCAUUGUAUGCUUUUAUAAAAGCAAGCACUUUGGAUGGUGCAGGUAAUAUACUGCCUCUAGCAUAUGGCGUGAUCGAUUCUGAGAACGAUAAGUCUUGGUCAUGGUUCUUUCAACGGUUCAAGGAAGCGUAUGGGGUAAGGAAUAACAUGUAUAUUGUAUCUGAUAGACAUGAAAGCAUCAUCAAGGCUGUUGCUAGAAUCUAUCCUACUGUUCCGCAUUUAGCAUGCAUAUGGCAUCUUUGGAAAAAUGUAUAUAAUAACUAUAGGAAGACUCAUGAAGUGUUGAGUGGUAUCUACUAUAAAAUGGCAAAAGCAUACACACAAAAUGACUUUGAUAUGCUAAUGGGAAAAGUUGAGAAAGAGGAUAUUCGGGUGAAGGAGUAUUUGGAUUCAGUGGGAAGGGCAAAGUGGGCUAGGCUUUAUUGUCCAGUAAUUCCAUCAACAGAAUACUUGCACACGGUAAUUGAUGAAGGCAGGAGUUUCAUUGUGUGUAUUGAAAAGAAAACUUGCAGUUGCAAAAUGUUCCAAAUGGAUGAGAUGCCCUGCCCCCGUGCUUAG